AGCAAACGGAAAAGAGCAGAAAGUUAAUGUUAAAGAAACAACUCAAAGCAAACAAAGUAUAAAUCCCAAUGAUUCAAAAACUGCAGCAAAAACUCAAACUCCACAAAGCACAAAUAAAGAUGCAAAACCAAUAGCAAAAGAUAAACCUACAAAUACAAACAUAAAAUCCACACAAUCUCCCAAACCCACUAAAAAAGUCAUAAAAGUUGUGAGUAAAACUGUAGAAAAUAAAACGCCGCAGAUUACAAAGGCCUCCAACAUGAAAAAGGAAGAUGUUAAGGCUGAAAAAGAAACAAAGGAUUCAAAAGAGUCAACAGAAAAUGCAAAAGAAGUCACCAGCAAAGAUCAGAAAAUGGAAGAUUCUAACAUCAAGGAAGCAACAAUAAAAGAUGGUCAAAAGGAGGUGGCUACAACCAAGAAUGAAGCAAAUAUAAAAGAGGAAACAAUUGGAAAAGUUAAGGAGGCGACAAAGCUCCAGGAUGCCAUAAUAAAAGAGACUGAGACUGCAACAAAGAUAGAAGAAAAGGAUGUUAAAGAUACCAAGGAAACUAAAGUAACUUCAGAUGUUUCUUCAACUAAAGAAGUAACAAAAGUUGAAUUAUCUAAAAAAGAAACAAAAGUUGAAUCAUCUAAAGAACAAACAAACUCUGAACAAGCUAAUGAUACUAAACAAUCCGUAACGGACACAACAGAAGAAGAUAAGAGUGAAGUGGCAAUUACACCAAGAAUAACUAGAAGUCGUUUGGAAAAUAUCAAAUCAAAUGAAGAAUCUAAGGAGGGAAAAACUGAAAGAACACAAUCACCAAAAGCUAAAAAUCUAAGAAAGCUAGAGAAGGAACAUGUGGAUAAAGCACAAGUUAAAGAAGAGAAUAAAACUUCAAAGGCUAAAGCUACAAAACAGGAAGAGGAGGAGCAAAAGUCAACCAGUGAAGUUUUAGAAAGUGAAAAGGAAGAGAAGCACUUUGAACCAAGAAAAACUAGAAGCCAUGGUGAACAGAAAACUGAGGUAGACAAAGAAAAAACUGAAUCAUCCGCCUCAAAGGAAGAUUUAACCAAACAAAAGGAAGAUAAAGAUCAUAAAGAAACAAAGGAAACGCAAGCUGAAGUUACAGAAGAAAAUGAUGCAACACUUGAUGAGACAAAAACACAAACGGAUGAAGAACAAUUUGAACCGAGAAAAACUAGGAAACGUGGUGAAGUUAAAGCUGAAUUAGAAAAAGAAACAAAUGCAACUCCAGCUGAAAUUAUAGAAGAAAAGGCAGCAACACUAGAUGAAUCAAAACACAAACAGAUGAAGAACAAUGAAGAACAUUUGGAACCCCGUAAAACUAGAAAACGAGUAGAGCAUAAUGAAACAAAGAACAUAACACAAAGUGAAGUUUCCAAAGAAAAAAUUUCAUCUCAAGAUGAUAGUAAAAUACUCACAGAUGAAGAACAUUUUGAGCCGAGAACCACUAGGAAACGUGUGGCCCAAAAAGAUGAACAAGUCAAAGAAACAACUAAAACAACACAAAUUGAAUCUUCUGAGGAGAAAUUAUCACAGCAAGAACAAACCAAAGAGGAAACUCUUGAACCUAGAAAAACAAGAAGUCGUGCUGAAAUUAAAGAAACAGCAGAGAAAGAAACAACUGCUGAAGUUAAAGAACAAGCUGAAAAUAAAACAACUGAAAAGAUUGCAGCAGCAAUACAAGAAGAGAAAGAUAAUUCUGCAAAACAAACAGAAAAACCAACAAACCAUGAUGAUAAUAAAACACAAACAGAUGAAGAACAUGCCGAACCGAGAAAAACUAGGAGUCGUGCAGAUAUUAAAGCAACUCAAGCUGUAAACCCAGAAAAUGAACUUAAAGAAGGAAAAGAAACAACAAAAAUAUCUUCGGUUGAACCGUCUACGGAAAAAACUUCAACACAAGAUGCGGCAAAACCAGAAAAAGAUACCCCAGAAACUUCUACUGUUGAAUCGAAAAUUAAACAAAAACUCUCAAAUGCCGAUGAAAAAACUGAAAUAUCUCAAUCAGAGGACAUAACCUCUAACGUCGACAAAAAACCUGCCGAAGAAUCGCAAUUGGAAAAUGAAGACGUGAUCGCAGAACAAGCAGAGUCUUCAAUGUUUGAUACACUCUCAAAAUCCCAACAAGACAGUAUCAGUUUAGAUGCUGAUAUGUCUGGCAGUGAAUGCUCCUCUAUCACAUCAUCCAACUCGGACAAUACAAUACGACGAACUUUAAGAAAACGGGCAACGGAAACGCCAUUAUCGGAAAAUGGUGAAGAUUUAAUUAGUUAUAAAAAGAAGAAACUUUUUAAAGAGCCACCACCAUUGAAGACUACACCAACACCAGUGGCAGCGCAAAAGAUUGGUAAAUUUGAUAAGCCUACGGUUAUAGGAAGUACUACUAUAAAACGGGUUUUACGUUCACCAGCCUUGGAGGAGAAUCAAAGUUCUGGCAAAAAACCAAAAUUGGAUAAUACAUCAAAGAAAUCAACACGUUUUCGUAAUUUAAAUGACGAUUGUCUGGUAGAAGAAGAGUUGCCCGUUGUUACAGCGGAUGUUGUUACAAAAGAACAGGAUUAUUUGCAUGAGCCACAAGAAGAGCCCUUAAAUAAUACUGGCGUCCAAGAGAAAAAUACAGAAGAGAAACCAAGAAAUGCUAAAGGAAAAUUCGCACCGAUAAAAGAGCCUGAAAAAGUACUUCAGAAGGAAGUAUUGGGCUCUAAACAAACAACAAAAACUACUAAUAAAGUAGCUUUACAAGUAAUAAAACAACAAUCAGUUAAUAAAGAUCCUUUGAGCAUAAAGUCGAAUGUAAACAUCAAGAAAAGUUUACCCACAGAAGCUAAAGCAGUCAUUUCAAAUGUCUCCAAAGUACAAGAGACACCGGAACGUGUUAAAGGUAAUAAAACAAACAUUAAUGUUUCACCUACUAAAACUCCUGGAGGCGGCUCUACUACGGUGUUAACGGAUAAAACUAAAACUAUUAAGGGAAAAGUUAAUGUUUCCCCUACCAAAUCACCAGGCUCUUCUGCGGUGAUGUCAUUUUCAGAUUGGCUAAAAAGUAAGAAACAAAAUGUGGAAGUUGAAUCAACAGAGACUACUAGCACUACAAAAGAUACGACACAAGCAACAUCUGUCAACCCAAUUAAAGUAAAAGAUAAGCCAGUAACAAAAACAUCAGAAAUAAAGCCUACUGAAGAUAAAGACGAAAAGGAAGAAGUAGCUGAGAUUACGACAAAGGAAGACAACAAUAUGAUGUGUCAGAAUAAGGAAAAAGAAUUGCAGCCGGCAGCAAGACGUCCAGGGCGUCCACCUAAAGUCAAGCCAGCAGCGAAAAUCUCGGAAACAAAACCAGCAGAAGACAAAGACAAAACGCUAGAAAUGGCUGACACCACAACACAAGCAGACAACAAAAUAUUAAGCCAAAUUAAGGAAAAAGACUUGCAGUCAACUGUGCAACCUCAGCAGGAUUCUAAAGCUACAGAUGACAAAGAAACUUCGGAAAAUAUAACGGAUACCACACAACAGUUGGAUAAUAGUUUAUUACAACCUUCGGAUAAUCAGUUGCAAAAUGUGUUACAGCAGCAGAGCAGAAAAAGUAGUAGUAAAAAAGCUGUAAAACGGCUUUCUAACUCGAUUAGAAAAUCUACCCAAAAACGAGCCAGUCCAAUAGUAAUGGGAAAAUCAAAUACUCCCAAGGUCAGUCCACCCAAAUUGAAACCUAAAAAACGAGAAAUUGACUUGCUUAUAGAGUCCAUGUCUAAGGAAAUGAAAGAGGGUGGCAUAAAUGAUCUUCUAAACACACCCACACAUGUUAAGCGUCAACGCUUAUCAGUCAAAAGAAAUGUAAAUGACAGUAUGGAACAAUUAAAUACCAGCCAAGAGCCAUCUAUGGCAAAUGUCACGGCUGAAAUACCCAAAGUUAUGGAAUUUUCCGAAAAUUCAGACACCUCAACAACCACUAACACGCCUACAACUAAAGACAUAAACAAAUCGCCCACAAAACGUAAGACUCAGCAAAUUGCUGCUAAAACUAAAAGAUCCUCUUUACUACCCAGAGAUAUGCUUAAAACUCCUGACAUUAUGGCAAAUACAGAACAAAGAAUGUUCUCAACUCCUCCAUCCAAAGUAUUGUCUACCAAAUCACGCAAAUCUCUAAACAUUAAAGAGUUAGCUGGAACCGAAGCGGCAAAAACCACUGAAAUUGUUGCUGCUACUGAAAGCGUAGCAAAAUCUAGAAAAUCUAUGCCUCUUCUCACUCCAAAAGAUUCCAUGGAUAAAGUUGUUAUAGCUUCUGCUAGAAAAUCUUUAGUAAUACCUAAACAACAGCCCGCUAUACAAGCAAGUAAUGUUGUAUUUAAAACACCUAAACAACCGGCGGCAGGACAUCCUUCAACUUUACUAAAUCUAAUACCAAGUGCUGAUAAUAUAAAGAAAUUAUAUGUUGAUGAUCAUAAUAAACGUCUUAAGAUAACUCCCACAGCAAGUACUUUAAAAACUUACAAAUGCCGUAAGCUAAGAGUUCGUCUUAAUCGUUCCAUGCAACAACCACAAAGAGUCUUACCAGUUAUACAAAAUAAUUCUGAAACUAAUUUACGUAUACAAUCGGUAGUUGACGCCGGCACCCUACUAAGUGCAACACCAACUUCCUCUACGGCGGAUGUACACGAACCAGCAGCACUUAUUGAUCAAACUCAACCGCAUAUGAUACCCAAUACAAACACCCUGCUAACACCUAUGCCAGUCAUUGAACCGGUACAACAACCAUAUAUCUUACCGACCACCACCCGCGCGCCAUCCACAGUGGCUCCCUUAACUACCACAACCCUAAUAAAUGUUCCUGACACAAAUGAAACUAUUGAGCUUAAAAAUGAAUUUGUAGAUGAAAAUCCCAUGGGAUUAAUAAAUGACGCCAUACUACCCGAUACACCAACACUAUUGGCCCGUGCUCAAACUAUAACAGAAGCAGCUCAACAUGCUCUCUCCAGUUCUGUUACACCCACAGAUAUACGUCUAUUGACUACAGACUCUAGCAGCAGCAACUAUGUGCCGUCGUUUGGAGUAACACCCACGGCUUUGGAUAAUAGAGGCACCUGUAUGUACACUUUCUUGCAUCCUGCCAAAUAUAAUCGUAAUCACAGCAAUGUUUUGCUGGACUAUUGUUGUCCAAAUUUGGAUGGUCCUAUGCCGGCCAUUGAUCCGACACGCAUACAUGCUCAGGUGCAAGUGCCGAUUAUAGAAUUACCCGCCUCUAUAGUUUUGACAACUAAGGUGGUAACGAGAGCCGAUUUGGAAAGUGGCAAUAGCUCUAUACCGGCUAUUAUACGUAAAAAGGCCGAAAAAAUAAGAAAAAAUCUUGCUACACAUCAUAAAAUGGCCACGGCUGCCACGACAAUAACAGCACCGCCGCCUGCGGUAAUACCCACAAUGGCACCAACACCCCGACCAGCCUUAACAGCCACCAUAAAUGCUUUGACCAAACAAUUACCACCCACCACAACUAUAACGGCGAAAAUAAGACACUCACUACCGGCGGAAUCACAAAUUUUGCCUACCCAGCCACCAGCUCCAACACCGCAAGCAGCACCCUCAGCAGCUACGCUUCCGAGAAACAUAAUUUCUAUUAUGCCCAAAGGAGCCGGACAUAUGACUGCAAUGAGUAAUGUGCAAAAUUCUUCAUUACGCUGCAAUUUAAGACGCUUUGAUGUGCUACUUAAACAGUUGGUACAACCUUUUGAAAGUUUAAGUUUUGUGGAUCGACAUCGUAUAAUAGAAGCUUUAAUAGGAACAGGCAAGUUUAGCGCUAAAGAUUUGGAUCAAACGUUAGUGUUAAUGGAAGAGUACAUAAAACAAACCCUGCUAUUGCAAAAUGAAACGCUUGAUCAUCCCACGCAACCACCCACUUCAGCAAUUUUAAAUACAAACAGUUAUAUAACAACACAACCAGCUAUUGCGGCCGCCAACACCUUGUCCGCCGGGCCCAUGCCCCAGCUGCAACCCUCACCCACUAUAUUGGCUUCCAGUCAACACCAUAAAGCGGUGAGAAAAGUACAAACGAGUCGUAAUAGAAAUACCACAUUAACUACAACCGCAACAUCAGCAGCAGGAGCUGGUGCUGGAAGUUCUGUUAUGGUCAAACAACGUCAAGUGCCUAUCUACGAUACAGAUCGUAAUAUCAUAGGCUAUCAAAUGCAAAUGAUGACACCUCUAUCAACAAUACCAGCUUAUACCAAGUCUACCAUGUCUACACAUACCGGUGCCAUAAUGUCCACAUCCAUGGACUCUAGCAAUAAUAAGAUAACCACCACAACGUACAGUGUGAAUAAACGACCCAUAAAAAGACCGGCACAGGAAUCACCGCGUGUCUUUUAUACAACCCCGCCUUUGAAAACUUCCACACCGAAAGCCUUAACAAAUCCUCAUCAGUACCCAACAGCAGCGACUUCAACACAACAUGGAAAGAAUACCAACACCAUAGCGAAGAAAACUCAGGGUUCCAUAGUAACAACUGUACGUUCUGGAGGCUCGUCUGCAAGUGGUAGUUCAGAGACCAUAACCACUACCACAAUGGCCACAGUGAAACGUGUUACACGCAGUACUGCUACCGGUUCAAAAAUCAUUAUAGUCUCCAAAUCGAAUCAAUCCAGUGAAGAAACCAUACUGCCCGACAGUAACAAUCAACAGCUGCCGACAGAGCCGCAUGCUGAAAUUAAAAAUGAAGAUGAUAUUGAAGAUUACCUAGCCUGACAUGAGGUGAAAAAAAGAUAAAAUUGCUGCAGAAACAUGCGUUUAAAUACUAUUAUCUAAAGUAAUGAAAAAACUUUUGUUAAAUGUAUUAAAACACAUAAUGUCAUUUAAAUCAGUGGUAGCCGAUCCCAAUUAAUAGGAGCCGAAAUCGAGAUCCCCCCCCGUGACCUUUCAAUUUUUUUGGGAAACAUAUUCUGCGCUACAUUAUCUGUACAGAGCCGAUCACACUGCUUCAAUUUAAAAUGUCUUUUAUAAAUAGAUUUUAAUUUAAAAAAAGUCUAAGUUUGCAUAUUUUAUCAUUUAAAAUUAACUAAAUUAAAGAAAACAUAUUAUUUUUUUAUUAAAUUUAUUUUUAGUUUUAUAUCAAGACUAAUAAUCAUUUUUGAAUAUUUUUUUAUUAAUUUCUCUCUAACAAAAAAAGAAAACACAACCAACUGUUAAUUACAGAAAUAAUGUAUAUAAUAUAACAAAAUAAAUACGUGUACAAUUAAUUAAUUUUUAAUAAUUAAUAACUCUAUACAUAUAAAACAUAAGUUUAGCAUUUAAGUUUUUCGUUAUAUUGGUUACAAAAAUUGCUUAUUUUUAUAUAAAAUAAUUCUUUAACAAAAAAAA